AUGUCAGACACUUCGGUUCCCGCGCCGCCGCGCGCAGUCGUCUCAAGACCCGUCAGCGAGGCACUUUUGAACGAGAAGUGGGAUCGCUGCCUUUCGAACAUGCUCAUCAAAUCUACACUCGGUCUCGGUUUCGGCGUCGUCUUCUCAGUCCUGAUAUUCCGACGAAGAGCGUGGCCAGCUUUCGUGGGCGUUGGCUUCGGUGCAGGAAGAGCGUACGAAGAGUGCAACUGGAGUCUGAAGCAGGCAUCGAGGGAUCUCAAGAGGCAAGCAUAG